AUGGCCGAAAUCGCGGCGGAGGGCGAACCGACCACCUCCGCCGGCCACCCCGAGACGCAGUCCCCGGAACCGGGAGCGAAGGGCGGGGUUGUCCCGAGGACCCCGCGGGCGUCGGCGCGAAACGUGGCGCCGACGUCGGCGUAUCGCGACGUUCUCCGGCGCGAGUGGGACCCGCGCCACAGGCUACGACCCAGGUUGGGCCACUCGCACUUCGUCAAGAACCUUCGCCUGGUCCAGCGCCUGGACAGGCACGCCGGAUGCGUCAACACCGUGGCGUGGAGCGAAGAUGCGUCGCUCCUGCUCUCCGGCAGCGACGACCUGUGCGUGUGCGUGUGGAGCGUCGGCACGUCGUUCCCGUGCCUCGGAACCGUGUACACGGGCCACAACCACAACAUAUUCAGCGCGGAGUUCGUGCCGGGCACGCGAGGCGGCCGGUGCGUCACCACCGCCGGCGACGGAGACGUGCGCGUCGUCGACCUCAUUCGGGGAUUCCAAUCCGCGCGGGGCCGAGGCGACCCCCGAGAUCGCCCAGGCGGACGGAGCCCCUUUCGAACCCGCCGCUUCGGCUUCGACGACGACAACGCCGCCGACGACGGCGCCGCCAGGUCCCUCUUCGCGGGCAGGCCGACGGACCCGAACGAGAUCGGCGACGUCAUGGGCAUGAAGGUUCGAUUCGUCCCGGGCGCGCCCGACGUCUUACUCGCCACGCAUCAGGACGGCCGGGUCAGACGGUUCGACCUGCGCCUAGCUCCUCGGGCCACCGGCGACGUCGUCGUGGAUCUCAGCGUCCAGGGCGGCUGCAGCGACCUCGCCUUCGAUCCGUCCUCGCCGUCGCUCUUCGCGCUGGGAUGCGACGAUCCGUUCGUUCGAGUGUUCGACGUGAGACACCUCGCGGAGACGGCGCGGGACGUCUCGGCCGCGCGUCGCGCGAGAUCGCCCAGCGAGCGCGAACACGCGGACCUCAUACCCGUCGUGGCGAAGUACUCCCCGGGUAAGUCCCACGGGUUCAACAGCAGGUCGCUGAGGUUCGACGGCGUAUCGGGGCUGGCGUACGGUAAACGGGGCGAACUCGCCGUGACGUACCGGGGGGAGCACCUGUACGUCAUCGACCAGCGCGCGUACGAGUCGAGACGUUUGGCGUCAGUCGGGGACGGUCACGGAAACGGUCACGGAAACGGUCACGGCGGGCACGGAGCGGCGGGCGCAGGGACGGAGUGGGGGUCGCUGUUUGGCGCCGGGGGUUCGCCGCCGCCCGCGGGUUCGGAGUCCCCGGAGUUUGGCUACGCGUCCCCGGACACGUCCGGGCUCAGAUCGGGAGGAUCGGAUUCGGACUCGGGUUCCGACGCAGGUGCCGAGUCCGACUCCGACGCCGAGAACGGGGCGGCGGGCGCGAGGAGGAGCGUGUCGGUGCCGCGGGACAGGGUGUUGAGCCCCCGCCCGCACCAACCCUCCGAGGCUGGGUGGGACCUCUUCGACGAUGACCCGACGCACCGACCGAUGGAACGCGACGAUUCCGCGGUGCGUCGGUACGUCGGGCACAGGAACGUGAAGACCUUCUUGAAAUCCGUCGCGUUCAUGUGCGACGACGCGUACGUGUCGACGGGGAGCGACUGCGGCGGGAUGUUCGUGUGGGACGCGCGCACGUGCGAGCUGGUGCUCAAGGUGCAGGCGGAUUCGCAGGUUGUCAACAACGUGUGCCCCCACCCCAGUUUGCCCAUGGUGGUCACCAGCGGCAUAGACGACUGCAUGCGGGUGUGGGAGGGCGGAGACGGGAGGCAUCUGAUCGACCUGCCUGAGAGGUACCCGGACGACGACGACGACGACGACUUCGACGACGACGACUACGACGACUUGGACGAGAUGGACGCCUGGGGCGACGACGGGGAAUACCGGCCGGGCGUCGUCGCGUACGCGAGCGACGCGGAGAUCUCCUCUUCCGACGACGACGACGAGGAGAACGAGUCCGAUCACGUCCACGACCCGGAGGAGGAGGGGGAUGGGGAAGAGGAGGAAAAGGCGGAGCCGUUUGGGGCGUUCGCGCGAGCCGAGGCGGUUGGGUCAGAGUCGGAUGAGCGACGAUCGGCCGAGCGCGAAGAAACAGAGGGCUGA